GCAACUCGUUUACCGCAAAUGGUUCCUGAAGCUGAGGUUGAAGGUAACCAAUAGCAACCAUGAUGGGGGAUAACGAGAGUCGAGACGAGACCUGCUGCUACUCAGGCAAGGCAUCCCUGGAAAAGGAAGCAGCCAUUGACAUCAAAGAUGCAGAACAAGAACAAAAGAGUCGGUUGUCUCGAUUCUGCGAGGUCUUUGCCAAGAUCGCCCUCAUUGUUGGUGGGUUCAUCAUCGUCCUGGGAGCACUUCGGAACACCCUCACAUACUACCUUCAGCUGUUUUGGGGCGUGUCGGGCAAUUUCUGGAUGAGGCAAUGGGGGAAGGUUUAUGACGUCUUUGAAGGAGAUAUACUGAAUAUCUCAAUAACUAUGUUGGUGCUCAUCAUUGUCCAGUAUUGGCUAGUGUGUGCAUUUUUCCUGAUAGUGGAUCUUGUGAGGCCAUCAUUCAUCAUCAAGUACAAGAUACAACCAACCCAGAAUGACCCUAUCCCAGAAGGCAAGCUACGCAAGGCGGUGCUGACGGUGCUCGCUAACCAGACAGUGGUUGUAUUUCCCAUAGCCGUGGGUGUGUACCACUUAAUGGGGUGGAGGGGUUGUGGCUUUAGCGCGGCGGAGCUUCCCUCCUUCCAGUGGGUCAUGCUGGAGCUCUUUGUCUUCCUUAUCGUCGAGGAGUUUGGCUUCUAUUACUCACACAGAUUGUCCCACCAUCCAAGACUCUACAAGUACGUCCACAAGAAGCACCAUGAGUGGACUGCGCCCAUCAGCGUGGUAGCCAUCUAUGCCCAUCCCAUCGAGCACAUCUUCUCCAACACCCUCCCCGUCGUGCUGGGCCCGUUGAUUAUGGGCUCGCAUAUCGCUACCCUCACAAUGUGGGCCAUGUUAGCCCAGGCGUCGGCCAUCAACUCUCACUGCGGGUACCAUCUACCCCUCAUGCCUUCCCCAGAGGCGCAUGACUUCCACCAUCUAAAAUUUACUAAUAACUUUGGCACGCUGGGUUUCCUGGACCGUCUUCAUGGUACCGACGAGCUCUUCCGCAAGACCAAGCCCUACCACCGUCACUUCCUUCUCCUGGGGCUCACCCCUGUCUCCCAGACCUUCCCUGAUGAUUCCAGGUGUAAGAAUAUAGAGUGCGACAAGGAUGAAUAGCCUGUAGUGACUCCAACGACUCCCUAGUAAUCCCCUCAUGACACCCUUUAGAUGCCCUUGAAUCAUAAUAAUAUUAAGAUUUUUUUUUACCCGGUGAAGCCUCAUCAGCGGCUUUAAUGCUGUUCUUUCUUAGGGCCCUGCAAUUAUUAUAACCCCCAUCAAUUGCCAGGUACCCAUUUGAAUGUGGCAAAUGUGUAUUGAUAUCUUGCCAAAGGAAGUUAUUGCCAGGAUUGGAUAUGAAUUCUAAAACCUUGGAUUGAGAGUGAAGCGAAUGAACCACUAAACCACGACAAACACGCUAGUAAUCCCCUGGUAACUCCUUUAUGACCCCCUCUAUCCCCAAGUGACCCACACAUAGAACCUUGUAACACCUUUAUGACACCUUUGUAAACCUUUGUAACACUCUAGUUACAUGUAUAUGUUACACUCGCACAAAAUUUUACUUUGCAUGGUACAGGCACGUCUAUAUCUUGGCUGAAGAAACAAAAUUAAAGGUAAAACUUGACAAAUUGUUUUAGAAUUGUCUUAGAAAGGUAUCUUGGAUUCACUGUGACAAAAUGGUUGUUUAUCAUGGGAUUCGGGGAAACCACAAUGCACUGUGGGAUCGUGAGGAAAAAGGUGGAUUGUUUGAACACCUUGAUGAGAUCAACAUGCAAUGACAAUAACAAACAGAGACAUGCAUGUAUGGGACUGGGAAGUAAUCUGAUGGUCCAUGGAUUACCAUUUCAAUAUUUUUUUGUAUGUAGAAGAGCAUUCUAAAUGUGUUCCUUCUGAAGGACUGUGUGUGUUGUCACAUGGGAAUAGAACAUUUUAGCUAAGUCUUGUUUACAUGUUGUAUUUUUUAAUUACCUUUCAGAAAGUGGACAUGCAUGUUUUGUAUUACUCAAAUGAAAAGUAGAAUUUAUUUUUACUUUCCUGUAUUUAUGAACAAGUUGUUUGCCAUGCUGUGAAUAAGAACUGUAUUUCUGCCAUAGAAUAGGUUAUGAACCAUCAUGUGAAAUAUAUAUUUAUGUUCAUUGAAGUUCGGUAUGCCAACAAGAAAUAUGCUUUUAUGAUGUUAGUAAUAACGAGAAAAUAACUUUUAAGCUCUAUUGCAAAGUGUACUUUAGAGAGAGAAUCGGAUGGAGAUAGACUGAGACACCCCCCCCCCCCCUCCCCCAACAAAGAUGGAACAAACCAAAAAAAAUGGUGCGCAUGUUUGCAUGUAGAAUAGAGUCAUAUAUAUUUAAGCAGACAUGGUACAUGUAUUUAUAUAAAACUUUCAAGACUAUUUUUCUUGUAAUGUAAUAGUGUUUGUGUGGGAAUUGUGUGUUACAUGUAUUGAAAGCUGGUGCUGCCGUUAUUGCUCAAAGAAAAUGGAGAUGACGUUAAGUAGAUGUAGAUAGAUUAGAUUGAUUAAAGAAAUAAUCAUUGCAGUAGCACUAAUAUGCAAGUUUUCCACAUUUCCUAGAUGUUUAUUGCUCAUGAACGGUUGUCUUGUUGCAGGUGUGGUAAAUGGGUGAUGCAGGUAGAUAGUCCUUGAAUUAUUUGAGCACAAUUUACUACACUGAAGCUGAGCAUAUAGCAAUGUAACAAAAUUGGGUAUUCCUUGUCUAAUGUGCCAUAUAAGUACAUUUGGUAUUCUUCUUUUCCUCAUUUACCUUCCCCUUCUCAUAUUCUCCUUCCUUUCUUAUUCUUCUUCUUUUCCUUCUUAUUCUUCUUCUUUUCCUUCUUAAUCUUCUUCUUUCUUCUUACUUCUUUAUGUUUAAUACAUUGAUUAUGUAGGAAAUAGUUUUUAGUCAAAAUAUUUGCUUUAGGCUAUUGGCAUGCUAUUUUAUAUAUUUUACAAAAGCUAUUUUACAAAAAAAACUAUUGUAUAAAAAAUUCGUCCUACUCAAAUGUGGACAAAAUUUGGGAGUCUGAGCCAGUUGUCUAAAAUGUGUUCAGGGCAUUAUGACAUAGAAAACAUUUUUGAAAAGAAAAAUUGAUUAAUACUUAGCUUAUGAAAUUGUGUUUUUAUUUAUAUUUAAUCAGAAAGAGAUGAUAAUUAUGUUCUUACUUGGAAUGGUUUAAUUGAUUUACGUCAGGUUUGAGCCUGUCAGGAUAAUAGUCAGUUUUAAUCUGCAAGUUGAAGUUCAGCUUCUCAAGAAAGUCUGUAAUGGACAUGAAAAUAUUUUAACUAGGUAUCUGAAAUUUAGUUUUUACCUUGAGAUAUUAAUGGUUAAUGAAAAAAUAUAGUUUAGAAUGAACUAUUUUACACGAUGAAAUCAUAAAAUUAUAUGUGUUUUGACAGAAGUAAUUUUAGUGUGCUGAAGAGGUUGUGGGUAAUAUAUUCGCUUUGUGAACCUUGCGCUUUUGCCAGUUUGUAAAAAUAAGUGAGAGCAAUGAAAUAUGUGAUUUAUUCUCUCUUGAAAUGAAAAAAAAAAUCUAAAGAACCCUUGAAAUAAAUGGUUAUAUCACUUAAAUCUA